AUGCAGAAAUACGUUGCUUUAUCAGUACAGCCACUGUGGGACAAGUACCAAUUUGAAGCUAAUAUUGAUUCAGGCGCCUUUGGAUCAGUAUAAAAAGUAAAGAACACUUAAGACGGCAAAUUCUAUGCAAUGAAAGUUCAAAAUAUCAAAAAUCUAAUGACAAGUGAGCCAAACAAUUACAGCAAUGAGAUGGUCCGUAUAUUUAGAGAGAUUGACACAUUCAGACUAAGCCAUCCGAAUAUCACAUAAUUCAAAGAAUCUUACUUCACGUAUGAAGAUGAGUUUGCCAUUAUUACAGAGCUGGCAGAAUCAAAUCUCAAAACAUUCAGAGAAAACACAAUGCUGAACAAUGCUCAGAUUGCUGGCAUAAUGAUCCAGAUACUUAAAGGGACCAUCCAUCUCCAUAACCAAAAUAUCAUGCACAGAGAUCUAAGUCCUGAUAACAUUUUAGUUUUUGAGAAUGGCAAAAAAUUCAAAAUUUGCGAUUUCGGAAUGGCAUAGUUGUUAUCCAGUUCAAAUUCAAUUGUUGGAAAACCAUUUUUUAUGGCACCUGAAAUAGGCUUAGGUGAGGAAUUCAGCUAUAACACUUAAGUUGACAUUUGGUCUCUAGGUGUAAUACUUUACUACCUGUGCACUAAGAAAUACCAAUACUAAGCCAAGACAAUAGCCUAGAUUAAGAAGUAAGAUUAAACGAAGCAUAUUCUACUUGAAGGUGAAUAGAAGGUAUUCGAGCUGCUCCUAAAUAAAAUGCUAUAGCAUAACCCUGCUUAAAGAAUAGAUGCACACUAGGUGCUUUAUGAACUUUGCAUUCUUAACAACGAAUCGCUAGACAAGCAUUUAGAAAUAGAGGAAGAAAAGCAAAGUUAUCAUAGUCCUCCUAGUAAUGAUGAAGACAAAUUUGCUUUUGCCUUAACGAUUUAAUCAGCCAAUACUAUUGUUAACGAAAUUAUAGCCAAGUUAGGAGACUUCAACUAUGGUGCAAUUGAUAAAGUUCAUCCAAAUUCAAACAGAAUCUUCAUGCCUCUUAUUAAAUAUGAUAAUGGUGAUAUGUAUCAAGGUGAGUAUGAUAAAGUCACUAAACAAAGAGAUGGAAGAGGCAGAUUUAUUGACAGUGAUGGAGAUGUUUAUGAUGGAUUGUGGAAGAAUGGUUAGAGCGAUGGAUAUGGAAGAUUAAUGAAUAUUAAUGGAGAUUAUUACAUUGGUGAGUUGAAAGAUGGUAAAAUGAAUGGAUAUGGGAAGUAUUAUUCGAAGGAUGGAAAUAUUUAUGAAGGGUAAUAGGUUAAUAGUAAUAGGCAAGGAUUAGGAUUGUGGAAAUGGUGGGAUGGUGCUUAAUACUAUGGAUAAUGGGUGAAUAGUUAGUAAUAAGGUGUAGGAGUAUUCACUACCAAUGAUGGAGAUAUUGAAGUUGGAUAGUGGAUGAAUGAUUAAUAACAUGGAGUCUUGAUGUACAUUCCAAAGGAUGGUGGGCAGAUAGAAAUAAGGAAAUAUGAGAAUGGGAAGUUAGUAGAGACAUUAUUUUUAACAGAUAAUGUUUAAAAGUGA